AUGCUGCCGCCGCGGGCGCUAGCUGCUCCUGGGCCUCACUGGCGGCCGGGGACGGCUCCUGCUCCUCUUUGCAUUGCAUCACUUGUGAUAGUCAUAUCUGUAAUGUUGUUCUGGAGAGGAAAACGAAAGAAAGAAAAUGUACCUUUGCCCUCAUUUGAUAGAAAGUUCCCCAAAGUUUCUUACAAUGAUCUUGCAAGAUCAACAGAGGGGUUCUCCACAUCCAAAUUAAUUGGCAAAGGAAGAUAUUCUUCUGUAUACCAAGGAAGUUUGUUUGAAGACAGAAUCGUUGUUGCUGUCAAAGUUUUCAGCCUAGACAGAAUCGUUGGAAAUGAUUUUAAAGCUUUAGUUUAUAAGUUCAUGCCACAAGGUGAUUUGCAUACUUUGUUGCACUCGGUUCCUGGUGAUGGGAGCACUUCAACUCUGAGCCACAUUACAUUGGCUCAAAGGUUAAGCAUUGUAGUGGAUAUCGCAGAUGCAAUGGAAUACCUGCAUCAUAACAACCAAGGAACUAUUGUUCAUUGUGAUCUGAAGCCUAGCAACAUUCUUUUGGAUGACAAUAUGAUAGCACAUGUUGGAGACUUUGGUCUUGCAAUGUUUAAAGUUGAUUCUGCAGUGUCAUCUUUUGGCGAUUCACUUUCGGCUUCUUCAAUGGUUAUAAAGGGAACAAUUGGCUACGUUGCUCCAGAGUGUGCAACAAGCACAGAAGUUACAAUCGCUGGGGAUGUUUACAGCUUUGGAAUUGUUAUCCUUGAAAUAAUCUUACGGAGGAGGCCAACGGAUGACAUGUUCAAGGAUGGACUGAAUAUUGUAAAAUUUGUCGAGACGAACUUUCCUGAAAGUAUAUUAAGGAUUAUAGAUCCUGACCUACUAGAAGAUGAGCACGAUGUCUCAGAAGGAACUUCAGUAGGCAUGAAGCAGAACAGCUUGGAAUGUAUACUCUCAGUGCUAAAGGUUGGACUUUGCUGUGCCAACCCAUCCCCAAAUGAGCGCAUGGACAUGCAUGGAGUGGCUGCAAGGUUGCACGGAAUAAAGGAGGCUUAUCUGAGAGGAAACUGA